AGCGCUUUCAGUCUCGACUCGGUGUGGAUCUGGAGGACGUUGGUGUCACAGUGAGGAGCUCUGAGGAAACACUUGACUGAAACGUUUCGAUUAAACUUAACAUAAAACAGCGUCCAUCAUGUUCUCAAGAAUCGCCAGACCGACUGCCAGCCUCGCCCGCUGCCUUUCUACGUCCUCUCAGAACAAUGCCAAAGUGGCGGUGCUGGGAGCGUCGGGUGGAAUCGGACAGCCGCUCUCGCUCCUGCUGAAGAACAGUCCUCUGGUGAGCGAGCUCUCUCUGUACGAUAUCGCCCACACGCCCGGCGUGGCCGCCGACCUCAGCCACAUCGAGACCAGAGCCAAGGUCACAGGUUAUAUCGGAGCCGAUCAGCUGGACGCUGCUCUGAAGGGCUGUGAGGUCGUGGUUAUUCCUGCUGGAGUCCCACGCAAACCAGGCAUGACUCGGGAUGAUCUGUUUAACACUAACGCCACCAUCGUUGCCACUCUGACGAACGCCUGCGCCCGCACCUGCCCUGAAGCCAUGAUCUGCAUCAUCGCUAAUCCUGUGAACUCCACCAUUCCCAUCACUGCAGAGGUGUUCAAGAAGCACGGCGUGUACAACCCUAACAGAGUGUUCGGAGUCACCACGCUGGACAUCGUCAGAGCCAACACCUUCGUCGCCGAGCUCAAAGGUCUCGAUCCCGCUCGCGUCAAUGUUCCAGUUGUUGGAGGUCAUGCAGGAAAAACCAUCAUCCCUCUGAUCUCCCAGUGCACUCCGAAGGUGGAGUUUCCUGCUGAUCAGCUCAAAGCUCUGACCGAGAGGAUUCAGGAGGCCGGAACUGAGGUGGUCAAGGCCAAAGCUGGAGCAGGUUCCGCCACCCUGUCCAUGGCGUACGCUGGUGCCCGGUUCACCUUCUCCCUGCUGGAUGCCAUGAACGGUAAAGAGGGCGUGGUGGAGUGUGCGUUCAUCCGAUCCGAGGAGACCGAGUGCAAAUACUUCUCCACCCCCCUGCUGCUCGGGAAGAACGGUAUCGAGAAGAACCUGGGUCUGGGGAAGCUCUCGGCGUUCGAGGAGAAGCUGGUGUCUGAAGCUCUGACUGAACUGAAGGGCUCCAUCAAGAAAGGAGAAGAUUUCGUUGCUAACAUGAAGCUGUGAACGUCGAGCACUUAGUGUACAAACGUCAUUAUUUAUGAAUCCGUCUGAUUUCAGUCUGAUGAAAAGUGUCCAUCAAUAAAAGAUCUACUUUA